CAUAGACAAGCACAUUCCGAAGACGGCUAUUGUGUAUCUCUCUCAUUGUGUGUGUGUGUGUGCGUGUGCGUCAUGGAACUACGUGUCUUUGUCUUUCUCGUCUUUCUUGCCUAUGGCUCAGGUACCCUCGGUGGCCUUGCCAAUGCUCUUGUCCAAGCUGCCUUUGAGUUGGUCGGCCUCAACAAGGUCAUGGGCGUGACUCUGAAUCCUCUGCAUCCGUACAAGGUUGCCUGGUUGUACAACAAGAUGGUAUGGGGCGGCAUGUGGGGCGCCGUCCACCUCAUCCCGUUCACCUGGCCGCACUAUCUCAUCCGGUCAAUCUUCUUUGGCCUCAUCGUCUCCACCGUUCACUGCGCCAUCGUCUUCCCGGCCCAAGACGGCGGUCUCUUCGCCUCAAAGUAUGGCGACGCUGCGUUUGUCAUCGUGUACAUCACCGACGCAGCUUGGGCAAUCGUCUCGGGCAUUGCCUUCUUUACUCUUCGCAAGUGGUUCUUCAAGGAGCGCGCGCCGUCCACGGCGUUUGCCUACACGGGGGCUUCGUAUGGCGCCGCCGGCACCGAGUCGAUCAACCGAGUCUCAGCAGUCGAUCCGCUGUUGCCGUGAGCCGCCAUGUCACGACCACGAAGUUGCUGAUGACGACAGCGAUGACCUGGUCCGCGAGCGCGUCGAUGAUGUCGCGCUCCACCCGCCAUCCGACGGCGAGGGCGGAAAGAGCAUAGACUCGACGCGCUCCGGCAGGAUGCCACGUCCUACAAGCGGAGCGAGGAUGUCCGAGGCCGAGAGCGGACGCGUGAGUGCGACAACGGUCGGCAGCUCGUCCGACUCGGGCUCGUCCAAGUACCAGCCGGGUGCGCGCGCAGCUUGCUGCUGUGUGCGGCUGUAGCCGACGGUAACGAGGACAAUAAUACCGAUGAUAAACCCUGCGGCGACGGCAA